CCUUUUGAUCCAGGUAGAAGUUAGAAUAGGCGGUGAAUACAGGUUUUAUUCCAUAGGAAAUCCAGGAAUCUAAAAGCUAAAUCCAUAACAAGUGACACUCGACCGGCGGCAGUCGCGACAUGCUGCGAGCAUGGCCACGAGCCGCCUGCGGGUCCUGUGGUCGCGUCUCGGUCGUCGCUACCAACAGCUGAUUCUGCUGCUGGUGGUGGUGACCGCUGCGUGCGUCCUGUCCCAAGCAUGGUGGAUCUCAAGGGUCACCAGCGCGCUGCUGCCGCCAUACCCUCAGGGCCAAGACCUCCGGCAUUACAGGAGAGAUAGGAACUUGAAGCGGUACUUGGACAAUAUCCAGUUGCUGAUAGAACCUUCGUCUUCCCACCACUCCUGUGAGGGAACCGAAGAGGUUCCCCUACUGGUGCUGGUCUCCAGUGCUCCCUCCAACCUGGACAGCAGGCAGGCAAUCCGGCAGACCUGGGCGAGACAUGUACCGACAUUUUUCGUGAUGGGCCUGGAUGGGCCAGAUGUGGAUGAAAAGCUGGUAGACAUCUAUAUCGAGGCGAAGCAGUACGGCGACAUGCUGGUCUACGACUUCGCGGACAACUACCAGAAUCUGACCCUUAAGACGGCUUUGAUGCUGGAGUGGUCUUCGCGGCGCUGUCCGCAGGCGCAGGCGCUGUUCAAGACUGAUGAUGACGUGUUCGUCAACCCCUGGAUGCUGGGGAAGGUGGUGAAGGAGCAUGUGAAUAGUCAGCUUAUAGGGUACAAGAUCAACAACAGCCUGGUGCACCGGGACGAGUAUACCAAGUGGUACCUGCCUCGCUGGCUGUACCCUGACGAGGUCAUCCCGGAGUACCUCUCUGGGACGGGGUACAUUAUCAAUGGGGAAUACAUCGAAAGAAUACUCAAAGCGGCGUACAAAGUACCUCUCAUCAAUUUAGAAGACGUUUACCUUACACACAUCGUGGCAAAGAGGAGCCUGCAUUUGACCCUCUCGCACGACCGAAGGCUGAGUCCCUACAAACCCUGGAUCAGGUCUGCCUGUUCCUACUGGUCGCUGGCCACAGCCCAUAGUUUAAGUCCUGACGAGGUCAUAUCCGCAUGGUCUAGCAUUUUACCUUUGAUCAAGCAGUUCAAAAAUGGCGACGAUGUAUGUAACCUCUUUAGGUUCCUCUCAAGUUAUAUGUUUUUAUAUUAAUUUGUGUGUUAUAGGUGAGAUUAUCAUAGGAUCUAAGGGUAAUGUAAUAUGUGCUUUCAGGCACGUUUGUUUUAGGUUUGUAAACGAAGGCCAUUAUGCGUCAGGAACGUGUAUUAUGUUAGGUUAAGCAAAUAGAAACCAGAAAUCAAUAUUGUUGAUGUAUCUUUUUAAUAAGUGUUUGUUGUGGAAGAACGGGGUCCCGUAGCACUAGUAGGUAGAAUACUUAAAAGGAGACCUACCUAGCAUAAGUAUUAGUAUACAAGAAAUAAGAUACAGAUUACAGAGUAAUUAUUAUUGAAUUUUGCAUUUGACCAACAUUUCUAAGGUAACUGAUAGAAGAUUGUAGUCUAGUAGUUUUGAGUGGCAUAAUGUAACUAAAACUACAGAGUAUAGAAGUGCUCCGUCAAGGCACUCGCAAAGUUAAGAUUUUAUCGGCACACAUCCUUUAUCUGAUAUUUUGACAUUAUUGUUUUGGAUUUUAUAGUCUUACUAGCUUUUGCCCGCGGCUUCACCCGCGUGAAAUUUCGUUUGUCACAGAUC